AUGGCAUCUUACCAUGUUCGCUCCAACAGCUUGCCUUCCAGGCUACAUCCAGUCAUUCCUGAAUUUGAUCAGCUACUAUGCAGACUGAGGGCUUCUGAAACUACCUCUUCAUCUACAUCAACCUCAAUAAGAUGCAAAUUAAGUGAACUUGAAGAUCUGCUUGAUUAUGUUGAAAGGUUGCUUUCACUACCAAACAACCAAAAAGCUUUUUCUCAAGAGCAGCAUGAGAAACAGGUUGAUCAAAUCUUGGAUGGAUCUCUAAGAAUCUUGGAUGUAUGCAACAUAGCUAAAGAUGCCUUGUUGCAAACAAAAGAAUCCACACAAGAACUUCAAUCAAUUAUCCGAAGGAAAAGAGGUGGCAACAUUGAGUUGUCAAGCACGGUUAAGAAAUGUUUGACCUCAAGGAAAGUGGUGAAGAAGGCUAUUCACAAGGCUAAUGAGCAAUUGAAGGGUAUCGAAAACAACACCUUUAACAAGGACAAUGAGACUACUGCAAUUGUUUGCAUGUUGUGGGAGGUUCAAGGAGUCAUUCUUGUCAUAUUUGAAUCAUUUUUGUCCUUCAUCUCAGGAGCUAAGUCACGAUCAAAGCUUGGUGGAUGGUCAUUUAUUUCCAACAUCAUGCGCCACAAUAAAGUAGAGGAAGAAUCUCAAUUGAAUGAUUUUGCAAGCAUGGAUGCAACUCUAAACCUUCUCAUGAGUCCAAAAAUGAAGAAAUCUGAUAGUUUGGCUGUAAGGAAUGCACAAAACCAGCUUGAAAACUUGGAAUUGUGCAUUCAAGAUCUUGAAGAAGGACUUGAGAGUCUGUUUAGGCAUUUGAUCAAAAUCAGAGUUUCUCUUCUCAACAUCCUCAACCACUAG